AGCCACAGCAGUUGGAGGUUGGAGGAUGAGAGUCCGCGCGUGGACACUGGCCGUGGCUGGAGCGCUGCUGGUCGUGGCCGGCACCGUGUUGCUGCUGGUCACUCCGGCCAUCAUGCGUCGGCAAGUGAAAGCGGGCCCGUAAAAUGUGCCAAAUAAAUAAUGUGGCCCUCAUAUUGAAAAGUUUGGAGGCCCCUGCUUUCAAGCAACAUGUGCUAACCAUAAAACUGCAUGUUGGAAAUCAGAAGGUGCCGGAACUACACACGCUGACAAUAUUUCCAGCGGGUUCUGUUUCAUUGCAUGCUCACAGAGAAAGUUCAGAUUGACCCAGCAAGUGGUAUGGCGUACACCAUGUGGCGUGAUAUUCCCGUUCCCUUCUACAUGUCACUCUACUUCUUCGAGGUUAAAAAUCCACAGGAAAUUCUACGUGGUGAAAAACCAGUUUUGGUUCAGCGUGGGCCUUAUAUUUACCGAGAAUACAGGCAGAAAAGUAACAUCACUUUUCACAACAAUAACACCGUCUCAUACCGUGAAUAUCGUCGCUACUAUUUCUAUCCUGAUGGGUCAGCUGGAAAUGAAAGUGAUGAAAUUGUGUUGCCCAACAUGCUUGUCUUGAGUGCAGCUCUAAUGGUUGAAGACUGGCCCUAUGCGUUGAAAUUUAUCUUCAGCACAGCAUUGAAGACCUUUAAUGAGACUCCAUUUAUUAAGAAGACUGUGAAGGAAAUAAUGUGGGGAUAUGAUGAUCCACUUAUUGACUUCCUUAAUCGAAUUUUUCCAGGCGUUAUGCCAUUUAAGGGAAAGUUUGGAUUGUUUGCUGAGAUGAACAACUCUGAUACUGGGUUAUUCACAGUUCACACAGGAGUCGGUAACAUCAGCAAAGUUCAUGUCAUAGAUAAUUGGAAUGGUAUAAAAAAGGUAAACUACUGGCAUUCUGAGCAAUGCAACAAGAUAGACGGAACAGCAGGUGAAAUGUGGCCUCCGUUCUUAACUCCAUCAGACUUAUUAACCUUUUACAGCCCAGAUUCUUGUAGAACAUUGGAACUCGUGUUUCAGAAAUCUGAUUGGACGUUUGACAUACCAACUUUCCGCUACGUUGCCCCAAAGACAAUGUUUGCAAACGGGACGGUGUACCCUCCCAACCAGGGCUUCUGUCCGUGCCGACAGUCGGGGGUUCUAAACGUCAGCACCUGCAGACACAAUUCCCAAGUCUUCAUCUCGCAUCCUCACUUCUACAACGGUGACCCUACGCUGUGGGAGGCUGUGGACGGAUUACACCCCAGUGAGAAAGACCACGCACUCUUCAUUGACAUCCACCCCCUAACUGGAAUCCCUCUAAACGUCUCCAUCAAAUUGCAACUGAGCCUUUACGUAAAAGCGGUGCAAGGAAUCACGGAGACUGGGAAUAUGCAGCCGGUGCUGCUGCCAUUGCUCUGGUUUGAAGAGAGUGGGACUAUCGAUGGCCCAGCAGUCAAUACUUUCUACUAUUUCAUGGUGGUGUUGCCAGCCAUUUGUCAAUAUCUUCAGUACAUCCUGUUAAGUGCAGGCUGCAUCUUGGUGGUGGUUGCUCUUGCUCUGGGAAUCGUGCCCCUGAAAAAGCAGGUUCCACACAGGAAGAAAGUGUCUGGAAUUGCAGCAGUCAGUCAGGAAGUCACUGAACGAUCACUGCUGUUGCCAGCUGACGCUGCCAACACCUCGCUUGGACAAGCUAGAUACCUGAUGGACUGAAUUUUAAUUAUUGCUUUUAAAUACUAAUUUUAGAUAUUCACUUUGUAUUUUGCAUUGAAUGUUUUCUUUGAAUUAUGUAACUCACAUAACCCGUGAGAGAGUCAUGUUUCCUCUCUGCUAACUUGUAUGUUCUUUGUAUACUGAUCACUGAAAUGCAACGAUGCAGACAAACCAUCCGUUGAGGAUUCACUUAAGUUAUAGUUUAAUAUUGUCCACUGUCUCUCCAGUCGUCACCACCCUAUUCUUGCUUGUCAACCAGGCUAUUCCUGGUCGCCACUGGUUUGGCCAGCACAGUGAUUGAUAAAAAAAAUACAUCUAUUGAUGCUCCUGAACACAUCAUCAGUGAUGUAACCUGGGGUCAUUGGGUGUUUUGGGUCUUUCAACAUCAGACACCUUUACCCAGGCGACCCAGCCACGGUUGAUCAGACCACGACUUGUGGCCAGAUGGCAUUCGCUCCUCCCCAUGGACCCCCUCUCCUAAUCCAGAGCCAUCGCGAGGCCUUCUCCGCUGCCUCUGUGGUAUUCUUAAUGGCUCUUCUCCUCACCACUCCGUUGAUGCCCAGUGCACUCAAGGCUUUGUAGAGCGAUUGCCCUGCAAAACCUCUGCAGCCAACCUUGAUGGGCAAACACCUUGCCUUCCAGCCCUGCUUACGGCAGUCUAUGACCAGCUCUUUAUACUUGGUCAUCUUCCUCUCGUGGGCCUCCUCCAGACGGUCCUCCCACGGCACUGUCAGUUCCAACAGGACAGUGUUUUUGGACGCCUCUGAGGAGCAUGUCUGGCCUCAGGGUGGUCGUGGCAAUGUGCUGUGGGAACUUCAGCUGUUUCACCAGGUCUACGGAAAGCUGCCAGUCCUGCGCAAUCGCCAGGAUUCUGACAAAGAUUCCUGGCUGCUGUGGUUCUUGGCAGCUGCACUCCAGCCUUCACAAAGGUGAUCAUCUGGGUGGUGGGGCGUGCUCGUCUGCAGCUGCUGAUUCCCAUGCUGAUGGCUUCUGCAAUGGGUUUAAGAACCUGGGCGUGAUGCCAGGUGUACCGGCCCUGCCCAAGAGCCUUCGGGCAGCAGCUCAGGAUGUGUUCCAACUUUCCCUUGCCUGAGCAUUGCGGGCAAUCUGGAGAUUCCACUUUGCCCCAGAUGAAGAGGUUCGAUGGGCCGGGCAGGACAUCAUACACUGCCUGGAUCAGGAACUUGAUGCGCUGUGGUUCAGCCUGCCAGAGCUCAGUCCAUGUGACUUUUCAGUCCAUAGCCUGCUCCCACCUUGUCCAGGCCCCCUGCUGCCUCACAUCUUACCUCCUCCACCACUGCCCUCACUUCCUCCUGGACCAGCCUGCGCCUCUCCUUCCCCUUGGCCUUGUCAAACUGGGGAGUUGGAAAGAUUCCCAGACCAGCUCUUCCCCGAGUCACUGCUCCCACCGGGUCUCUGGCGUAUCCGAGACUUGCAUCAUUAUAACAUUAUUAAGUAUUAACCAGAUGACAUCCAACCCUUUGACUUGAUCGAUAACGCAUUUUCAAAGCUCAAAACCUCAAACCUGCAAUGUUACUGUGCAGGUUUUAAGGGGUAAUAUAUUUAGGUGCAAAUAUUUAGAAUAAGACUCACCUUGGGCAUUGAAGUGACAUCGCCUCCGAGUAGAAAUGUACAGGUAUCAUUUCUAAUGUUCUUUUGAUUUCUAUACUACCAAAAACGGAUGAAACCAUUUUAAGUCCAUUUGUAAAGACGUGUUUCAGGUGUUUCACUGACUUGGUGUAAUGCUGUUACUAGGUCUCAAAUAUGUUUGAAAGCUUUUUUUAAGCUCAAUUAUGCAGAUUGCUCCAUGCACCAUUUGCUAACUUUUAAAUAAAAAAUUCUGAAGAAAAUUACUUUAAAAAAAAAAAAAAAAAAAGUGUGGUCCACUAGCAAACACAAAUUCUACAGACAGAUACAUAAUGAUGGAGUACCUUGGCGGGUCAGGCAACAUCGCUGGAGAAAAGGAAUAGGUGAGGUUUUGGGCCAAGGCAUUUCUUCUGCAGAUUUUGUGUAGAUUUGUACGUGAAAGUACUUCAAUGCUAUAACUAUUAUUGUUGAAUGUAAACACAAACCAGGGGCAGUAGGCCCCUCGAGCCUGCUCUGCCACUCACCAUGAUCUUGGCCGACCUGCCUCCGCCUCGUCUCAUUGCCCUCAUGUAGAUUGGUUACAUUACUUACUAACCAAUGGAGUGCUUUAUUAAUCUAAGCUCCGCCUACUACUACACCAUUCAUGUUAUUGUAACCGGACAUGUGCUGUUAGUUGGUGAUGCAGCACAGUAGAACUAACAUGUUGUAUGUUGUAUACAUUUCUCAAUAAAUACUGCUGUACCAGA